AUGCCGCGACUUUUCUUGCGCCGAUCCGGAAUUAUCGGGCAUUCCUUCGUUUAUCAGCGGUCCAGCGGUUCCCGUUUUUUUGUCGGUUUCAGACGAGGAACUGGGCCAGUAAAGAGGAUUCAGCUCGAAACGGCCCAUGAGCCCCGUUUCACCGCCGCCUCGCCCACCGUUCCUUCGCUUGGCCUUUGGCUUACCCCAACGCCAACACCACGAGCGCAUCGCGCCACCCCCCGGGCAGGAAACUUCCACCACUGCCCUGCUGGGAUGAGGAGGCACUCGUCAGGAUCGUCAGAAGACGAUGAUGCUUCUCCUGUUGAGGCCCCUCAUGCCAAUUCCUCUCGCUUCAGCGCCAAAGACUCAAGGUCCUCGGCGCACCCCACGACCAAGCUCGAUCAUAAUCGCAACGCCGACCGCCCACCUUCGUUUUCGAUAAGCCGACGGUCUAGCAGCAUCAAUUGGCGACUACCGGAGUCGCGCAAUGGGAACGGGACAGUAGAGAAACGGCCGUCCCCCGAACGCACAUCGCCCUCCUCUCCCCUAGGCCUGAUCAUGACCGCGAACGGGGAACUGCGGACAAAAGAAGUGGAAAAGACCCCAGAGACCGUCAUUCCCGCGCGGCGCCCUCCAUGGAGGAGUCCCUGGGCAAUCACCUUCUCUGCGCUCGUUGCUGCGAUUGUCGGCAUCGGGUUUUUGGUCGCCGUGCUCCAUUCUUCCGUAACGCGACAGCUUGAUCCAAAAGGGUGUCGCAUGUCUUACAUGCGGCCAUCGUACGCCAAGCUCAACGAGUUCGACACUGAGCACACGCGCCUCGCGAGCAAAUACUCCCUGUAUCUGUACCGCGAGCAAGAUAUCGAUCGCGACACCAAGGUCAGGGGGGUUCCCGUCCUCUUCAUCCCCGGCAAUGCCGGGAGUUACAAGCAAGUUCGACCCAUUGCGGCAGAAGCAGCCAACUAUUUCCACAAUGUCCUGCAGCACGACGAGUCUGCCAUGAAUGCUGGCACCCGGAACCUAGACUUCUUCACGGUCGAUUUCAACGAGGAUAUUACCGCUUUCCAUGGCCAGACGCUCCUCGACCAAGCCGAAUACUUGAACGAAGCGGUUCGAUACAUCUUAUCACUUUACCUCGACCCGCGGGUCGCUGACCGGGACCCCGACUUACCCGAUCCGACUUCGGUGAUAGUUCUUGGACACUCCAUGGGAGGCAUCGUUGCGCGCACGAUGCUCAUCAUGCCCAACUUCCAGUCGCACUCAAUCAAUACCAUCAUUACCAUGUCGGCCCCGCAUGCUCGGCCGCCGGUAUCCUUCGACAGUCAGAGCGUCCAGACAUACAAGGACAUCAACGACUACUGGAGGCGUGCCUACUCGCAACAAUGGGCCAACGACAACCCCUUGUGGCAUGUUACGCUGGUGUCCAUCGCGGGCGGUGGAUUGGAUACUGUUGUUCCCUCGGACUAUGCGAGCGUCGAGUCCCUGGUUCCGGACACGCAUGGGUUCACCGUCUUCACCUCGACAAUUCCCAACGUGUGGACUAGCAUGGAUCACCAGGCGAUCCUCUGGUGCGACCAAUUUCGAAAGGUUGUGGCUCAGGCGAUUUACGAUGUGGUGGAUGUUCACCGGGCCACCCAGACAAAGCCUCGAGCUGAACGGAUGAGGGUGUUCAAGAAGUGGUUCCUCACCGGCAUGGAAACCAUUGCAGAGAAGGCAGCACCGCGCUCAGAGCCGACGACCCUGUUGACCGUGGACGAUAAUUCGGAUUCUAUUAUUGCGGAAGGGGAACGCUUGGUUUUGAGAAACCUAGGCACGGCAGGGACCGUCCGCGCUCAUCUCAUGCCCAUUCCGCCCUCGGGGUCCCCGGGUAUGAAGCGCUUCACCUUAUUGACGGAUACAAAACUCGACAAGCCAGGAGAACACGGGAAGCUCGAGGUCCUCUUCUGUAGCGUUAUCCCGUCACAGCCCAGCCAAUCUUGGGCGGGUUUCCCAAGCCAGAUGGAUCUGUCCAAGGGAAGCACCGGGUCCACGCGACUAGCCUGCAGAUCUGCUGCGCCCGAUGUCGUGUCCCUCCCCGCGUCGACUAGCUCAACGCAGUUCCCCUUCUACCUCAACGGGGAGAAGGAAAUUACCCCGUUUUCUUAUCUUGAGUACGGGGUGGACGACAUUGCCGAGCACCAGUUCGUAGCGGUUGUGGAAAAAACGACUGCUCCGACGCCGGGAUUUGUGGUUGCAGAGUUCAGUGAUUAUACUCAGUCACACCGAACUCGGCACAUUAGUCUCCGGAGCCUUCUCACGUUUGGCAUGAAGUUUCAUCUCCCCGCCGAACGACCGAUGGUGUCCGAGGUCAAGGUGCCAUCCUUGCAGUCAAGCUUGCUUGCCUACAAUCUCCGAAUCAGUCACCAAGACUGCAAUGGGGACAGCGAGCUGUUUGCUCCCCUUGUUCGGCAGUACCUCGCUGAACCGUACGAGUCGAAAUAUUUUGUCAAUGCGCGCGAAGCGACAGUCAGUCUCCAUGGCGUUGCUCCUUACGUCCCUCCGCCUCUCACGGGAAAGUUGGACGAAAACGGACUCAGCUUCCAGUUUUGGACCGACCCGACGUGCAGCUCCAGCAUCCAUAUUGAGUUGACGGCCGAUUUCAUGGGUAGCCUCGGCAAGCUAUAUAUGCGAUAUCGCACCGUAUUUGCUGCGUUCCCGUUGUUUAUCGUGGCCCUCGUCCUUAGGAAACAGUUUCGGGUCUACGACACUACGGGGAUGUUCAUCCCUUUUUUGGAGGGGCUGGAUUUAUGCUUGAGGCAAUCCAUUCCCUUGAUGCUGGCUUCACUUACGCUCCUGACACUCUCCACCGGGAUCAUGGCCCCGGCUAGCAACGCAAGCUUUUGGCACUGGAGGAACGGCACGUCUUCGAUUAUGGACUUCCAGCACAACGAUCUCCUAAUCGGGACCGAAGAUCCCUUAUUCCUCUUUCUGAUCCCUCUAAUCGCAAUUGUUUGCGUCGGUGUGUGCACCGUGUUCAAUUACAUGGCUCUCACCCUAACGCAUUUGCUGGGCGUCCUUGCCAGUCUCGUCACCUUCCAUCCCGGAUGGAUUGGGAACGAGGACAGGAAGAAAACGACGCCCGCCGCUUUCUUCUCUCCGUCGCCCCGGCGGCGCAUGAUCACGACCGCGGUUCUGCUGCUGCUUGUCACGACGAUGGUUCCCUAUCAGUUCGCCUACCUGGUAGCUUGCCUGGUACAAUUGAUGACGACGGUCCGGGCCCAGCGGAUCGCCUCGGAGCUGCGAUCGACGGCGAACUCGAACUUUUACAACUACACCCACUCGAUCUUCAUCCUGAUGCUUUGGAUUCUUCCCAUCAACCUCCCGACAUUCGUAGUCUGGGUCCACAAUCUGGCGGUUCACUGGCUCACUCCCUUCUCGUCGCAUCACAACGUCCUCUCCGUCAUGCCAUUCAUCGUUCUCGUCGAGACCCUCACCACAGGAAAAAUGAUACCGCGCAUGGGCAGCCGGCUCAAACAUGUCACCAGCCUGUUGCUGUUUGGCAUGGCUGUCUAUGCGGCAGUGUACGGCGUCACAUACGCUUACACGCUUCAUUAUGUGGCCAAUUUCCUCGCCUUCUGGCUGGCAAUUGUCCACUCGACAUCCGACUCCUGGUCUCUAGCGGGACUCACUCACCUCUACAGCGGGGAUGCCGGGAUUCGGAAACGAGGAAAGGAGCCGUGA